AUGGUUAAAAUAGAAUUAGUUGACGCUGGAUGUUUCAUUUCUCAGAUGAAUGAAUUAUUAUUAAUUGAUCCAUUAUAUAUAACUUAUGCUAUAACCCACUAUUUUAAUUGUUUUAUAAAUGAUAAAAAAGAUCUACUACCUCAAGAAAGUUUAAAUGGCAUUUAUUUUCCUAAUGCUAAAGCAGGGUUAUGGUCAUCUUUUGCUAUAAGAGAAAAUAAUAAUUUUUCUUGUAAUUCUAAAGAUACAGAUAGAAAAAAAUAUGAUCAAGAUAAAAGUUACAAUAAUGAAAUGGUAAUUUCUUUAAUUUGUUUUAAUAAUACUGAAUUUAUGCAUGAAUAUAUGACUAUUCAAAAAAUUAAUGAACUGGAUUGGCAAACAUAUGAAAUAAAUAAGAAUCAUAUAGGAAACUCUUUGAAUAACAAAAAUAAUAAUUUAAACAAUGAAAAAGAUUAUAGUGAUGAAUCAUUUCAUUUAUCAAAUUAUUUCACUAAUAUAUUAACAGUAGAAAGUGGGCAAGUUGGUUUAUUUUGUAUCGAGUCUAUUAAAAGAAGCUCAAAUAUUCUUUUUGAAAAAAAUACAAAUAAUGAUAUUAAUAACAAAGAACAACUUGAUAAUCUGUUCAGAGAAAAUUUAAAUGUAUUAUAUCCAUGGUAUAACAAAAUUUGUGAUUUAACAUUAUCUUCAUCUAUUGGAAUAAUUGAUUUAAUUGAUAAGCCAGUAGGAUGUGUUUGUAUUUCAAAUUCAGAUUGUGUUGUUAAUUAUUUAUGUGAGAUUGUAAAAGAUGAUAUUACAGAUGAAAUAUGGGCAAUUAGGGUUAAUUUUUUAAAACCAUUAAAAUAA